GCCGGAGGAGUGCCACGGGCUUUGAGGCCGCGGGGGCGGAGCGGCGAGUCAGGCCGCCGACAGACGUGCACACCCCCGGCCAGACAGCGAGCCCGACCGGGCGUCCAUGGGGCUCCGCCUUGGCCCGACCCCCACCGGGACCCGAAUCGCGACCCCCAGCUGCGGCGAGCACAGAGAUUGACCGCGGGCCACUCGGGCUUCAGGGCACCGUGCGACUCCAAGAGGCCUUGACGAGGAGGGCCAUGGCUGAACAAAUCCUUCCUCAGGCGUUGUAUUUGAGCAAUAUGCGGAAAGCAGUGAAGAUAAGAGAGAGAACCCCGGAAGACAUCUUCAAACCUACCAAUGGGAUCAUUCAUCAUUUUAAAACCAUGCACCGAUACACGCUGGAGAUGUUCCGAAUGUGUCAGUUUUGCCCACAGUUCCGGGAGAUCAUCCACAAAGCACUUAUUGACAGAAGCGUCCAGGCUUCCUUGGAAAGCCAGAAGAAGCUCAACUGGUGUCGUGAAGUCAGGAAGCUGGUGGCUCUGAAAACCAACGGUGAUGGAAACUGCCUCAUGCAUGCAACUUGUCAGUACCUGUGGGGUGUUCAGGAUACGGAUUUGGUCCUGAGGAAGGCUCUCUUCAGCACCCUUAAGGAGACAGAUACACGGAACUUUAAAUUCCGCUGGCAGCUGGAGUCUCUGAAAUCUCAGGAAUUUGUGGAAACAGGACUGUGCUACGACACUCGGAACUGGAAUGACGAAUGGGACAACUUGGUCAAAAUGGCGUCGGCAGACACAGCUGCAGCCCGGAGUGGACUUCAGUAUAAUUCCCUGGAAGAAAUCCACGUAUUUGUCCUCAGCAACAUCCUCAGGAGACCGAUCGUUGUCAUCGCAGACAAAAUGCUAAGAAGUUUGGAAUCUGGUUCCAAUUUUGCUCCUUUGAAAGUGGGUGGCAUUUACCUGCCUCUCCACUGGCCUGCCCAGGAAUGCUACAGAUACCCCAUUGUCCUAGGCUAUGACAGCCAGCACUUUGUACCCCUGGUGACCCUGAAGGACAGUGGACCUGAAAUCCGAGCUGUUCCCCUCGUUAACAGAGAGCGGGGAAGAUUUGAAGACUUAAAAGUUCACUUUCUGACAGUGCCUGAAAGUGAGAUGAAGGAGAAGCUUUUAAAGGAAUACCUGAUGGUGAUGGAAAUCCCGGUGCAAGGCUGGGACCCCGGCACCACUCACCUCAUCAAUGCCGCAAAGUUGGAUGAAGCUAACUUACCCAAAGAAAUAAAUCUGGUAGACGAUUACUUUGAACUUGUUCAGCAUGAAUACAAGAAGUGGCAGGAAAACAAUGAGCGGGGCAGGAGAGGGGCGCAUGCGCAGAACCCUUUGGAACCCUCCACGCCCCAGCUGUCACUCAUGGAUGUAAAAUGUGAGACACCCAACUGUCCUUUCUUUAUGUCCGUGAACACUCAACCGUUAUGCCAUGAAUGCUCAGAGAGGCGCCAAAAGAACCAGAACAAACUCCCAAAGCUGAACUCGACGCUGGGCCCUGAAGGACUCCCAGGAGCAGGACUUGGCGCCUCAGCCUGGAGCCCAGAGGAAACAGCUGGAGGACCUCAUUCGGCCCCGCCCACCGCACCCAGCCUUUUUCUGUUCAGCGAGACCACAGCAAUGAAGUGCAGGAGCCCCGGUUGCCCUUUUACAUUGAAUGUGCAGCAUAAUGGACUCUGUGAGCGUUGCCACAAUGCCCGGCAGCUCAAUGCGAGCCACACUGCAGAUCCUGGUAAGUGCCAAGCCUGCCUUCAGGAUGUCACUCGGACGUUUAAUGGCAUCUGCAGUACCUGUUUCAAAAGGACUACAGCAGAGCCCUCCUCCAGUCUCACUUCCAGUGUCCCUUCCUCCUGUCACCAGCGCUCCAAGUCUGACCCCUCACAGCUCAUCCAAAGUCUCUCCCCACACUCUUGCCAUCGAACUGGAAAUGACGUCCCUUCUGGCUGCCUUUCCCAGGCAGCGCGAACUCCGGCUGACAGGACGGGGACAAGCAAGUGCAGAAAAGCUGGCUGCAUGUAUUUUGGGACUCCAGAAAACAAGGGCUUCUGCACGCUGUGUUUCAUCGAAUACAGAGAAAAUAAACAGUUUGUCACAGCUUCUGGGAAAGCCAGUUCCACAGUCCCCAGAUUCCAGAACAAUGUCCCGUGCCUGGGCAGGGAGUGCGGCACUCUUGGGAGCACCAUGUUCGAAGGGUAUUGUCAGAAGUGCUUCAUUGAAGCUCAGAAUCAGAGGUUCCACGAAGCCAAAAGGACAGAAGAGCAACUGAGAUCCAGCCAGCGCAGAGACAUGCCUCGAACCACACAGGGAGCCUCAAGACCCAAGUGUGCCCGGGCCUCCUGCAAGAACAUCCUGGCCUGUCGCAGUGAGGAACUAUGCAUGGAGUGCCAGCACCUGAGCCAGCGAGUGGGCACUGUUGCCCACCGGGGUGACCCCACUCCUGAAGAGCCCCCUAAACAGCGUUGCCGGGCCCCUGCCUGUGAUCACUUCGGCAACACCAAGUGUAACGGUUACUGCAACGAGUGCUUCCAGUUCAAGCAGAUGUAUGGCUAAGG